UUCUGAUCUGAUCUGUGAUACAAAUUUUGAAUUGCUUGAAUAAAAUAUAUAAAACGUUAUGUGAAUAAUUUGAAAUGAAAAUGCAAUCUUUAAAAAUAUUAUUGCGUAAUAGAAACUUAAGCGCUCUAGCACCAAGGGCUUACGCCACUACUAAAAAGAAAAUACCGACCUCCACAGAUGAAGAUUUACCAAUUUUUCAAUAUUCAGUGAGUAAAAGCUCAGACAGAAGGGUAUAUGUAUGGGGCUUGGCCGAGACUGGAGCCCUGGGUAUUCAUAUGCCUCGAGGCAAGAAGCGAGGAAAGAAAGCGUACAAGAAUAAUUUCUCAUUGGCCUGGUAUCCCAUGAGAUCUACUUUUGGAGAAAGAUUUGAUGUAACAGACAUAGCAUGUGGCUACGGUUUCACAGUCUCUUCCGUAAAAACCAGCGAACAGCACAAAGUGUUUGGCAUGGGCAUCAACACAGAUUCACAGAUUGGUUACCACGCACCGCGCAUGGGACAUCCACUAGAAUUGUUAUUGAGCCCAGCACCUAUUUAUAUACCUUAUAAAUCUUUAGAAACUAAAAUAAUUGGCCUAGCCGCUGGUAGAGCCCACACAGUAAUACUGACAGACACAGAAGGAGCAUACACAUUAGGGAACAAUGCAUACGGCCAGUGCGGCAGAAAAAUUAACAGCAAUGAGGAAUAUAAAGGAAGCAUGGUGACAUACAACAUACGCAGUCUGGGCAAGGAAAGAAUCACAAAUGUGUGCUGUGGGCAAGAUCAUACUCUGUUCAUAACAGAAUCGGGUCGCGUCUGGGCGUGCGGGUGGGGCGCUGACGGGCAGACGGGUCUCGGGACGUAUGACAACACUAGUACGCCGGCUCCGGUGAAGGGGGACAUCACUAGCGAGAAGAUCGUCAAAGUGGCUUCUACUGGGGACUGUGUACUAGCACUAAGUGAUAAAGGAGAGCUUUUCGGCUGGGGCAACUCAGAGUACGGACAAGUCCCAAUGGCGACGCAGCACCAGCAAGUAAACAUGUCGUAUGCGCUGUACAGUUUCACGCGAGGACUGGGCAAGAUCGUUGACAUAGCUAGCGGAGGCUCCUUCUGUCUAAUUGCUAAUGAGCAAGGCGACGUAUUCGUAUGGGGCUACGGUCUACUAGGUCUCGGCCCCAAUGUCUCCAACAGCACCAAGCCCAAGCUAAUACCGCCCGCGUUCUUCGGCCGCAACGAAUUCAACCCCGAGUGCACCGUCCAGCAAGUGGUCUGUGGCAUCAGUCACCUAGCCGCUGUCACCAAUAAUGGAGACCUUUACAUGUGGGGCAGGAACAGGCAUGGCUGCUUAGGCUUAGGACACUGUAAGGACCAGCAUUUCCCUAUGAAAGUGGCGGUUGGUGCUCACGUCCUAAAAGUAGCCUGUAGCGUGGACCACACUAUAGCUUUGAGUAAACCAUUUGUUUAGUGUAGAAUGUUUCUAUAUUAUGCUGAGAGACCUGCUGUUUAUGUUAAAUAAAAAGAUAUU